UAUGAAGUUGCAUCAUCUCACCUAAUAGAAUCAAUUAGUUUUUUUGAUGAAAUGUUUUUAGGUUCAGUUCCCGAACAAAAUCAACUGGCAUUCGUGAAGCAAUAUUUCGAUUCUCAUACAAUUUUAAUGAGUUGUUUCCUUUCGUUGGAGCGCGCUGAGUCCGCAUUAUUAGUCAUUGAUCUUGGUAGGUCUAAAGAGCUCCACUGCUGUAUUGAAAAACGUAGGAACUCUGUUGGUAAAGACUUGUUUGAUUAUGCCCGUGCGAUAUGGAAUAGAAUUGAGGCCAGGGAUGAAAAAAUAGAAAUAGACGGACUGCGAGCACUUCUCCAACUACGAAAAAAUGACGCCUCCAUUUUAGUGUUCGCUUUUGAUUUGGAAGGUGUUCUUAAUGCUUGGGUUUUAACUGACAAAGUUAUCUUCAGAAAAGUAUUAGACGCGCAUCGGGAAACAUUUCUCCUGCUAAUUGUGGAACUUCUUGGAAGGGUAGAUGUUAAUAUUGAUCGAAAUUCUUCGUUUUACAUGCUCGAUUCAGUUGCUAAUGCUAAUAUUCAAGUGAUGUCUCCUUUUGAAUUUCCAAGCGGACAGCCUUCCUGUAAAAACCUGGUUGAAAGUUCUGGUAGCUAUAGUCAUUUCUGUGAGCGAAAAAUUUUAGAAAUGUUGUUUAAACGUUUAGUUAAUCCUGUAAAAGAUCUUAUUAAAGGCAAUAAGCUCAUUAUUGUCCCUGACCCGCUGUUGUUUUUUGCACCGUUUUCAGCAUUGAUUGAUGAAAAUGGCUCAUAUUUAUCCAACGGUUACAGUGUUCAAAUUUCGCCUUCAUUGCAUACUCUUAAGUGUACGAUGGAACAAUCCUUUGACUCAAACUUUGGAUUUGCUUUGUUUGUUGGUAAUCCAACUGUUGGAAAAGUUAGUUUAAACGGAAAAGAUGUUACUCCUGCUGACCUACCCAAUGCCGCUGAAGAAGUAAAAUGUCUCUCAAAGUUUUUCCAAGCAAGGCCUUUACUAGGACGCGAGGCAACAAAACAGGUAGUAUUGCAGCUUUUAACUCGGGCUAGUAUAAUCCAUAUAGCUGCCCAUGGAGAACCGACUCGAGGUGAAAUAAUGCUUGCUUCAAAUUCUUCUCUUACUGAACAGUGCUCGUCUGUUGGUAAACCAGAAUCACACCUUCUCACGCAGCGAGAUAUUCUAAAUAUUUCCGUGCAAGCUCGGUUGGUAGUUUUAUGUUGUUGCCAUACCGGGCAAGGUGAAAUUACUUCAGAAGGUGUCAUAGGUAUAACUCGAGCGUUUCUUGCAGCUGGAGCGCGUUGUGUUCUUGCCACACUGUGGCCUAUUAGCGAUUAUGCCACAAAGGAAUUCAUGGAGAAAUUUUAUGGUGAACUUUGCCAAGAAACACCAGUUUGUGAAGCUUUACGAAGAACAAUGUACUUCUUUCAGACACAUGAAAAAGAGGAGUACCGAUCCAGUUGGAUCUGGGCUCCGUUUACCAUCUAUGGGGAGGAUGUGAAAUUUGGAAAAGAUGAGAUUGAAAAAAUUAGGGAAAAAUCGCAUCAGUUUUUUUCCGGUUUCGUCGUGGUAUGACUAUGAUCUUCAAGUUCGUGACUAAUUCACUAGCGUUUUCAUUAACCAUGCUCGAAAUCUUCAGCAGGCAUCACCCGCAUCAUUUAAACUUCAUCGACCUUUAACCUAGUGUAAUUCGUAAUCAUACUUAAUUUUUUAUUACCAUGAGUAGUAUGAAAUAUUUUAUUAGUAUGAAAUAUUUUAUGUUGGGCAUUAUGGUUAAAUGUAGCUAGAUAUAUAAAUUGUUAUUUUGUCGAAAAUAUAAUUGACUUUCUUCGGGAAAACUGUUGGUUUGAUUGAGUUACGUUGCUGUUGAUCGAAUGUUUUAGCUUAUGUUGUGCUUGACAAUGGGCAGAAAGAUAUUUUUAAUAAAAAUAAUGUCAAAUUAUUGCCGUCCCUGUUUGACAGGAAUGUAGUAGAGCUUUGCUUCUGUUAAUGGAAGAGGGGUUUCAAGACAUUAAAGCUGCAAAGUUGCUGUAGUUGGUACGUGCUUUCGAGAAAGUGGCAGAGGAAAACAUUUGAACUUGGAAGGUGUUGUGCAGAAUUGUGUGUGCGUUGCCAAACGCAGAAUCUGAUAUUGCGAUAGCGCGUCCACCUAUUUGCUGUAGUGUUCACGUUAGAAAUUUAGCAGAGAAAAUAUAUUUUAGCUUUGUGUUUGUGGUUUAGAGUUGCUUGUUCGUUGUUGCAGGAUGAGCUCCACUUUGAAUUCACUAUAGGAGUAAAUUGUUAAACACGUCCUAAUUUAUCAAUACAAUUAAUUCGCGACCAAUGUUGAGCCCUAACCCCUAACACUAACC